AUUCCUCACCUCAAAGCCGCACAUCGACACCAUGAUUCGUGCCAACCCCGCAGUUACCUCGUCGCUCUUCUCGGCUGCCCGCUCCUCUGUGCGCCCCUCUGUGCGGAGCUACGCGACAGCACCUUCUUCUGGCGGCUCUAGCAACCUUCCCCUCUGGCUCGGCCUGGGUGGUAUCGCCGGUCUGGGAGCCUACUGGGGUCUGGGUGGCCUCAAUGGCUCGCCGCCAAAGGUCAGCGGAAAGGAUGUGAAGGAGGCACUGAGCCCCACCAGCGUCAGUGGAGCCUUGAGCAAGGAGAAGUUCAUCGACUUCAAGCUCAAGGAGGUCAUCCCUUACAACCACGACUCCUCCACUUUCGUCUUUGACAUCCCUGACAAUGCUCCCUCUGGACUCACUCUCGCCUCUGCUGUCGUCACCAAGGGUUCCGGCGAUGGACCAAAGGACAAGGAUGGCAAGCCCGUUAUCAGGCCAUACACCCCUGUUACCUCCCCAGAGACCAAGGGCCACAUUGACUUCCUGAUUAAGAAAUACCCGGGUGGAGCUAUGACCGAGCACAUCCACUCCCUGAAGCCAGGAGACAGCCUCGCCAUCAAGGGUCCCAUUCCCAAGUUCCCCUACAAGGCCAACGAGUUUGAAGAGCUGGGCAUGAUUGCCGGUGGUACCGGAAUUACCCCCAUGUGGCAGGUGAUCCAGGCCAUUGCCAAUGACAAGUCCGACAAGACCAAGGUCACCCUGGUGUACACAAACAAGAGCGAGGCCGAUAUUCUCCUCCGUGAGAAGUUUGAUGACCUGCAGAAGAACGACUCUCGCUUCAAGAUCGUUUACGGACUGGAUCAGCUGCCAAAGGGAUUCAACGGCUUCACUGGCUACGUCACACCAGAGAUCAUCAGCGAGCACAUGCCCGCCCCGGGCAAGGCCGACAAGAUCAAGCUCUUCAUCUGUGGUCCUCCCCCUCAAGUGGAGGCCAUCAGUGGUGGAAAGGGCCCCAAGGGUAGCCAGGGAGAGCUCAAGGGUCUGCUUGCCGAUGCCGGAUACCAGCAGGACCAGAUCUACAAGUUCUAGAAUGCUCGUCUGUCGUACCGCACCGCAAUACCUAGAGGGUUCGCAUACAAUGCAAAAAUGGAACAAUUCGUCUGUCGUCGCAGU